CCUUGGUUGUUUUUCAGAGAGAUCAGAAAUGGCCUUGUCUUGUCCUUUUUCUCCGCUGCUGUCGAGUGUCAAUUGAAAAAAAACACAAGACAAGCGUCCUUUUCCUCUGCUGCUCCGAAUCCAAAUUGUGAAGCCUUUCUCUUUGGUUCUUAUAAGGCCAGUCUCGAGUUCAUUCUGGCGUAUUAUCGAGCUUCAAUGGCUUCUGAUCUCUUCGUGUUUGACAACUCUGUCUACCGCCAUUCAAGCUCAGACAUGGCUUCCUCCGAUCAAUUCUACUCUGAUUGCUUCCCUCCUCUCCCCGACUCCCCCAUUGAUAUUCUUCAAGCAAUCUCCGACGACUCAAACCAGCGAAACCCACUUGAAAACUGCCAAGCUCUGGACCAAACUGUGCUCGGCCUUCUCUCCUCUUCUCCCCCAAUUAAUAACCAAAUGCAGAGCCUCUCCCUGGCCCAGUUGCAGCCUCUGGCAGACGCUGCUUCCAAUUCGGCAAACGGGUUUGCAGAUUUUUCAGCUUUUGAUGUGAAAAUGGAUGAGAAUCGCCAAGUGGGUUUUGAUUCUGCUGUCAACAACAUCAACCCGUCGUUUCUUCCUCACUCUUUCGCCGCUUCUUCUGAGAAUGCAGCCAAGAUGAUGCAGAGGAGCUUCAGCAGCAACUCUGCUUUUUUCCUUCAGCCUCGCUUUGACACUCUCAUAGAGUCUCCAAAUUUUCAGGCCCAAGUUAUGAGCUCACCCGAAACCAGCUUACCUUGCGGACACAUGAGGAGGGUCUGCAGCACUGGAGAUUUACAAAAGGCCAAGAUCAUACAACCGAGCCACGGUUUUUCCUCGAGCUCCUUAGCUGCGGAGGGCUCGCAAAUGGAGGAAACAAUUCGAUCGAAUUUCAAAGUGGGGCGAUACAGCGCAGAGGAAAGGAAAGAAAGGAUUCAUAGAUACAGGGCCAAGCGUAACCACAGAAAUUUCAACAAGACAAUCAAGUAUGCAUGCCGUAAAACGCUAGCCGACAAUCGACCCAGAAUUCGUGGCAGGUUCGCAAGGAACGACGAAACUGCAGACACUCCCAAAGCUGCAUGCUUGAAUCAUUACGAAGACGAAGAAGAGCUCUGGAUUGAAGGAUUGCAUGAUGAAGAUGACAAUGGAACAGUAAGAAGAGGACAAGCACAGUUCUUCAUCAACAGCUUUGGACCGACACAGUUUCAGUACUUUCGCUCUUGUUAAGUGAUCAGGAUGAAGAGGGGACCGUUGGGGGGGGGGAGGGAAGGGAGGGGUAUGGAGUUGCCAUCUAUCUUAAGAACCUGGCUUUGAUGACCACUAAGAAAAAACCUUUAGGGAGAACAAGUUUUGGGGGCUUAAAUAAAUGAAGGGACACCAAGGUCACCUGAGGCCAUGCUUGCAUCUGGGUAGUAGUGGCAUACCACAAAGAAAAAAUUUAUGUCUAUGCUUUUGUAGCUAGCAUACAGUAGACUAAUAUACAUAGUGAAAAAUGCAAAAAGGGAAGGAGAGAUAGAGAGAUAGAGAGAGAAGAAAGCAAGAAGUAGCAGUAGCCAGUCACUUGCAGCAGUUGUUUUCAAAAUUUGGAGCCACGUGCUUUUCUUUGUAGCCUCUUUUCCAUCAAUUUUCAAUUUUCAGUCCUUUGUAUAUGUUGCAAAAAUCAAUAAUAACUCCAUUUUGGCCCAA